UUUGAGUAGCCGAAAAAGACUCGGGGCCGCGUAACGACGAGGAAUUGGAAGGCCAAAGAAGUUGGGGCCCACCCUCGGCCACCGUACACCGGAGAAACACCGAGCCCCCACCGGAGGGCCCGCGAGCCCGCCGCUCCCUCCCAGCUCUAUCCCCUAAUCUCUCACUUCAUCUCCCGAUUCGUGGCGCCUCCAUGCCGCACCGACGCGUAUUAUGGUGUGGUCCCCUCUCCAAAAAUGGCAAAGAACCCCUUCCUCUCUCUCAUUCUCUUCCCUCACAUGAGCUCUCCUCCUCCUCCUCCUCCUCCUCCUCGAUUUUAUUUCUCUUUAUUCUCUUAUUUUAGGUGAUAAAUAGGUAUCACAGAGGUGAAAGAACCAUUUUUUCCAAUCAAAGCUGCCUCCUUUUUCUUCUUCUUCUUCUUCUUCCUGUUUUUGUUGUUCUGCUGUGUGGGGGAGGUAAGUUUUUUUCUUUUCUGGGGAUUAAUUGCGUCUUUUUAACUCCAAUAUUACGUUUACUUAGCUUUAAUGCUUUGAUGCUGUUUUGUUUCUCCUUUUCUUGCUUGAUUCCUCCUCUUUUCCUAUCUAUAAAUACCUAGCCUAUUAACCCGUCUCCCUCUCUCUUUUUCUAUAUAUUCUCUUUCUUGCUUUCUUGCUCUCGGUAUAUUUAUUCCAUUUAAAUACGCAUCUAUCCGCUGGCCACAUGCGUUCAUAGCAAGUUAUGCUGGGUGUCACAGAUCAGGGGCAUCAGCUGUUCCAUUUCCUCUCAGAGGGUUUCCUCAAACCCUACCCCGGUUUAGAUUUUUGUUCAAGAUGAGAUUUUGAUUCUGUUUUCUUUUUCUUUCCUGUUUCUUCAGAGUCGUGGAGGAAAUAUCUUUUCUUUUCUCUUGAUUUUUUUUUUAAUUUAUAACUACUACGUCUGUAAUGGCCGGAAUUGAUGCAUUGAAGUACGCACACAGUCCUGUCCACAAGGCAGUGCUUGCUCGGGAUUAUUCUGGACUGAAGCGCAUACUGGCGAGUCUUCCAAGGUUACUAGACCCCUCGGAGAUCAAAACGGAGGCUGCUUCGCUUGCGGAGGAGGAGAAAGCUGACGCUGUCUCUUCUGUGAUCGACAGCCGUGAUGUCCCCAACAGGGAGACUCCUCUGCACCUUGCCGUUAAGCUGGGAGAUGCCGCUGCCACCGAGAUGCUCAUGGUUGCAGGUGCCGACUGGAGCUUGCAGAAUGAGCAGGGAUGGAGUGCUCUCCAGGAAGCCAUUUGUGCUCGAGAGGAGAAUCUCGCUAAGAUCAUCAUCAGACACUACCAGCCUCUUGCUUGGGCCAAGUGGUGCAGGAGGCUUCCUCGGGUUGUCAGUACUAUGAGGAGGAUGAGGGAUUUCUACAUGGAGAUCACUUUCCAUUUCGAGAGCUCCGUGAUUCCGUUCAUUUCAAGAAUCGCUCCAUCUGAUACUUACAAGAUUUGGAAGAGGGGGUCGAAUUUGCGUGCAGACAUGACACUUGCCGGUUUUGAUGGUUUCAGAAUACAGAGGUCUGAUCAGAGCAUUUUGUUUCUUGGUGAUGGAUCAGAGGAUGGAAAGGUGCCGCCUGGUUCGCUGUGCAUGAUUUCUCACAAGGAGAAGGAGGUGAUGAAUGCCUUGGAUGGCGCAGGUUCUCCGGCUACCGAGGAAGAGGUGCAGCAGGAGGUUGUAGCAAUGUCUCAAACAAACAUUUUCCGACCAGGUAUUGAUGUAACGCAAGCUGUGCUGCUUCCUCAGCUAACAUGGAGGAGGCAGGAGAAGACUGAGAUGGUUGGCCCAUGGAAAGCGAAGGUGUAUGAUAUGCAUAAUGUGGUUGUGAGUGUCAAGUCUAGGCGGGUCCCUGGUGCCAUGACUGAUGAAGAGUUCUUCUCUUCCUGUAAUGAAAAUGACACAGAGAGUGAAGAUUACGAAGAUAUCUUGACAGAGGAAGAGAGGAAACAGUUAGAAACUGCUCUUAAAAUGGAAUCUGCUGGUGUUAUAGAUGAAGGUUUUUCUGAUGGAUUUAAUGGCCACCGGCACAGCUGCUUUGAACAGAGAGAGAUUCCGAUUGAAGAUGUUAGUAGUUGCAGCAAUGGUGAAAUUAAAAUUGAGAAGAAAGGUUGGCUUGGUAAUUGGGGAAAACGGAGCCACUAUGCGAAACAAGAUGAGCAGAAGAAGCUUGUUCCACCAAGAAGCUCCCUUUCUGUAGACGAUAAAGUUAGCUCUUUUCUUCAUGAUUCUCCUUCUAGGUUAGAGAACAAGCCAGGAAGGCAUUCAGUAGAGGGUACCGCCAUGGGUGAGGAACUUAGGAAAGGUAGGGAAAAGGAUUCUAAGAGACCUGCUUCAAGUUCAGAGAAUGGACAUUGGAGAAAGGAAAGUAGUCGGGAGAGUGAGUAUAAAAAAGGCUUGAGGCCCGUUCUAUGGCUUUCUCCGAGCUUUCCUCUUCAGUCUGAGGAGCUUCUUCCACUGCUUGAUAUUCUUGCAAACAAAGUGAAGGCAAUUCGUCGCCUCAGGGACUUGCUUACCACAAAGCUCCCUCCUGGGACCUUUCCUGUGAAGGUCGCCAUCCCCGUAAUACCCACCAUUAGAGUUCUGGUUACAUUCACAAAAUUCGAAGAACUACAACCAGCCGAAGAGUUCACAACGCCACCUUCAAGCCCCGGCAGCAAGAGCCCCUCCACCCUCGUGCAGCCCUCGGCAUCAUGGCUUCAGUGGCUAAAAGGUCCGUACCGUCAGAACUACCCGAUGGCGUUGAUGCCUCUGGGCUCCGGCAAUCGCGUCGAAGACAUGCAGGAUCCGUUCUUGAUACCACCAGAUUACACGUGGACCACACCGGAGGAGAAGAAGAAGAAGAUGCAGGAGAACAAGAAAUCCAGGAAAGGGAAGAGGAGCUCACAAGCAGUCAGAUCUCUCUAGUCAUGGGGGCUCUUUUAAAGGCUGCAGGUUAGUGUAUGUGUAUGUAUCUCAUGGAGGUUUGGAGAUUUGAAGAAGAAGAGCAAUGGUGCUCUUAUUCUUCUUAUACAUAUUUGGGCUGUAGUGGUUCUCCUGAAGAUGAUAAAAUUGUAAAAUUUUUAUGAUUUAGUUUGAAUCAUUUAUGUGUUUUAGGAAUUGUGCUGAGACAUUUUCUCAUCUGGUGGAAUAUAUAUUCUGGUCUCUAAUGUUUGAGGUCUUCCAAGGGUAAAAGUUAGACAAUUGUUGU